CUUACGAACACGCCAUGACGAUUCCCUCCCACGCAUUCUACAUCUCAUGGCAGUGCAUUUGCACUCCACGUAUCGAGGGGUAAAAUACUCGGCCUGCGAAUGUCCACCUCGUGCCCAUGGCCUGUGCUCCGAUUCGGCGCCUCGCAGUGUGGGCAUCCGCACGAGUGAUCAGCUUGCAAUAACGUAGCGACAAGCAGACUCGACUUCCUGUCCUCCGGCCACAUCCAGACGAUAUGUCCUCUCAAUUGAGCUGUGGAAUCUGCAACAAGACCUUCACCAAACGCCAAUCGCAAAUCCGACAUACCAGCUAUUGUCGCCGGAAACUGCGCGAUCCGUUGCCGCCUAGAAAGAAGUCUUGCUCGCGAUGCAUACUCGCCAAAACCUCUUGCGACAAGGCAAGGCCGGCGUGCUCGCGAUGUGUCAAGUUUGGUCGGGACUGCCAUUACGAGCUGGCUGUGCGGAGUGUACUGCCAUCGCCGAGCGAUGGGUGUAAAGAUUUCUUUUCCGAUGAGACAUCUUUCUCUGCUCUUCAGCCGUCUUUCUGGCCUCCAGUUCCGAUUGAAGAUGCAUUGCUCAUCUCAGAUUUUGUACCUACGGCUGCCGCUUUCGACAAUCUAGAUCUUCGGGGAAACGAUUCGACAGUGCUGCCUCCUGGCGAUUUGUACAACAUGGCUCACAAUGAGCUACUGAUCGACCAGUACACGAUGACUGAGACGAAGACACGGCCUCAGAUGCUCGAGAUUUCUCGCCUGCCUGGUUUCGACUACAGUCUUUGUGCUGCGCAGCUUGUCCAGCCAAAGCCACUGUACCUUAGCUCAAACCUGCCUGCGCAAUUCCUGUUAAGCACUUUGGCGGAAUACCCACGUCGCCUGUUGAAGAGCCGCGCUCCGCCCUUUAUUCAUCAGCACGUGUCAAUGCCGCGCUCGGCAUCGGCAUGGAACACUACCGCCGGUAUACCGCCGCCUAAAAUCCUCAGCAGAGGCAUCGAGCUCACGCAUUUCUGGGCACGAGGACGUAGGGAGGAGGUCUGGCAGCUUGCGCAGCACGAGCUCCUACAGAUCCAAAAGGAGGUCUCAACCUACAACGACGUCAACACCGUCGCCGCCUCCCAAGCAGCCUGCAUCUACCUCCUCCUCCGCGUGGAACGGCUAGAAUCCGCGCAACCCGCAUCACAGUUUGACACUGUACUGCGCCGUGCACUCCUCAGUCUCACGCCUCGCAACAGAGCACUGAAGGAGAAGUAUUCCGACGUCCCGUUGUAUCCCUCCGCCACUAUCGACGACACCACAAUCGACUGCCGCCAGACGUGGCAGCUCUGGAUCCUCCUCGAAUCGCUGCACAGAAGCAUUCACACCAUCCUCAUCGUCGACUGCAUCGCGCAGUGCAUAUCGGAGCAUAACAAAGUAGGCUGCGCGACUGAGCACGAUUGGUUUGGCGUGCGUCUGCCGUGCUCAAGGUAUCUGUGGGAAGCGAGGAGUCCGGCGGAGUGGAUGGAGGCGUGCGAAGAGUGGAGAGAAGAGCCGACUCUGACAUUUGGAGAUCUAGUCUGGAGCUCUCAGGCACAGGAAGGGAGGCAUAAGAGGGCUUUGGAGAGAUGGAUGGGUGAGGCGGACGAGUUGGGGACGUUAUUGGUCACUGUUGCCGGCGUUUUGGAGGCAAAGUGGAGGGGUUAGGGCGUUCUUCUGGCUGAUCUCACGCCUUGGCUCCAGUCUCUGACAACUCGGGAUCCCAAUACCCACGGGGCCCACUAAUGCCGAGAGCACGCCACGGGCGACAGUGAUCCGACGCAAGGGGG